AUGUCCGGAGGAGACAUGGCCAAGCCCCUCCUGGGCCAGCAGAAGACGGAGGGUGACCCCGGCGCGGGGCCGGCGGGGGGCCGCACCAUCGGGGUGCUGGGGAGCGGGGACUUUGCGCGGUCGCUGGCCAUCCGCCUGCUCUGCUCCGGCUUCAAGGUGGUGGUGGGCAGCCGCAACCCCCAGCGCAAGGCCGGCCUCUUCCCUCCCGCAGCAGAAGUCACCUUCCAGGCUGAGGCAGUGAGGAAGACGGAUGUCAUUUUCGUGGCAGUUUUCAGGGAACAUUACUCCACCCUCUGCGACCUGGCUGACGCGCUGGCCGGCAAGAUCCUGGUGGACGUGAGUAACAACACCGAGAUCAACCACCGCAAAGAGUCCAACGCCGAGUACUUGGCCUCUCUGUUCCCAGCCUGCACCGUGGUCAAGGGGUUCAACGUGGUUUCUGCGUGGACGCUGCAGUCAGGUGCCAGGGAUGGAAAUAAGCAGGUUCUGAUUUGCUCAAAUAAUCAAGAAGCCAAGCGCGUUGUAGCAGAAAUUGCUCAGGUCAUGGGAUUCACCCCUGUGGACAUGGGCUGCAUGUCGUCAGCCUGUGAGAUCGAGAACAUUCCCCUGCGCCUCUUGCCAGCCUGGAAAAUCCCCAUCUUUUUGGCUUUGGGGCUUUUUCUUUGCUUCUUCACUUACAACCUGAUCCGGCAGGUCAUCCACCCUUACAUCAGGGAGCAGAAGAACAAGCUGUACAAGAUCCCCAUCGAGGUGGUCAACACAACGCUGCCUUGCGUGUCCUACGUCAUGCUGUCUCUGGUCUACCUGCCGGGGGUGCUGGCAGCCUGCUCACAGCUCUACUAUGGCACCAAAUACAGGCGCUUUCCAGACUGGCUGGACCAGUGGCUCCAGCACCGCAAGCAGAUCGGCCUCCUCAGCUUCUUCUGCGCAGCCCUGCACGCCGUGUACAGCCUGUGCCUGCCCAUGCGCCGCUCCCACCGCUACCAGCUGAUCGAGAUGGCGGCCAAGCAGGCUGUGGAGAAGAAGAGUGUCUGGGUAGAGGAGGAAGUCUGGAGGAUGGAGAUAUAUAUCUCUGUUGGAAUCAUUGCCCUGGGCUUGCUGUCGUUACUUGCCAUCACUUCACUUCCAUCCAUCGCAAACUCUCUCAACUGGAGGGAAUUCAGUUGCAUUCAGUCGACCCUUGGAUUUAUUGCCUUGGUAAUCAGCACCCUGCACACGCUCACCUACGGAUGGUCGAGGGCCUUCGAUGAGAACCAGUACAAAUUCUACCUGCCUCCAACCUACACCCUCACGCUGCUCGUCCCAUGUACUGUGAUCCUAGCAAAAGUCAUCUUCAGUUUUCCCUGCAUCCAGCAAAGACUUCUGCGGAUCAGGAGGGGCUGGGAGAAGGGGAGAUACGUGAAGUUUGUUCUGCCCAGCGCAACAGGGGAAUAUUCAAGUGGGGAAACCUCCAGCAAUGUCUAACAGAGCCCUGGCUGUGGCAGAGGAUUUCAAAGCACUAUCAACAUUUCUAUAAAGG